AUGAAGUUGGUAUUUGUUUCGUCGAUAGUCUCAAUUUCUUGUGCUUUCCAAGUCCUUCCGCCCGUUGAGUGGAAUACGACAGGGCUGUCGGAAAAUGGAUUCGACAUCAGAGGAGUAGAGAAGAACAUAUUUCUCGCCAGCAGCUUUGCGUCUUGUCGGGACGAAAAUGGAUUGACUCUCAUCCCACCCUCUGCUGGGGAAUUUGCGGAAACCUUUCGCCAGGACCUGGAGGAAGUGACCAACACAUCUUGGGCGCUCCAUGUGGUGGAUGCGCUCCCUGAGAAUGAGACAGGUGUCUUCCUGGACAUAGUGAAUGCUCAGGAGGUCACUCUGACUUAUGAGAAUAAGGAACCAACCGAAGAAGGCUACGAGCUUGUCAUUGAUGCGGACCGAGCGUUCAUUCGCGGUUCUGGUGCUCGAGGGAUGUGGUGGGGAUCACGAACGUUCUUGCAGCAGGUGCUGAUUUACCGCAUGGGAGAAAUCCCUCCCGGCAGAACCCUUGACGCGCCGUCAUCUGUGACUAGAGGCUUUCAUCUCGAUGCAGGUCGGAAAUGGUACUCUCCGGCAUUUCUCAAAGAUCUGUGCACGUACGCCUCAUUCUUCAAGAUGUCCGAAUUUCACUACCACAGCAGUGACAAUUAUCCCUUGAAUCGCGGGCAUAAUGAUACGUGGUAUGAUGUCUAUUCGCAAUUCUCUUUGCGACCCGAAAGUGCGAAGUUGCAGGCCCUGGUACAAAGGCCGAAUGAGACAAUUUCGCGGGCUGAGUUCGAGGAUUUCCAGUAUCAUUGCGCUCAACGUGGGAUAACUGUUAUCCCUGAGAUUGAAGCACCCGGGCAUGCUCUAUCAAUCACCAGAUGGAAGCCUGAGCUGACAUUAGAGCCCAAAGACCUUCUGAACCUGACACACCCCGACACAUUGCCGCUAAUCAAGUCAAUCUGGUCCGAGUUUCUGCCGUGGUUCCAAACAAAAGAAGUUCAUAUCGGGGCAGAUGAAUAUGACUCGGCACUGGCAGAUGACUAUAUCGACUUUGUGAAUGAGAUGGCUCAGUUCAUUAAUGAGACUGCCGGAAAGAGGAUCCGUAUCUGGGGAACGUACGAGCCUUCCAGUAGUCGCACCAUCUCUAAGGAUGUCAUCAUUCAACACUGGCAGUAUGGACAAUCUGAUCCGGUUAGCCUUGCGAAAGAUGGCUAUGAGUUGAUCAAUUCCGAUGACUGGUGGGCGUAUAUGUCCCUGAAAAAUGACCAUAUGCCUAUCCUCCCUGCGCCCUACCCUCCAUUUUUCAAUAAUAGUCGAUUACUGAACUUUGGAGGCGAAGACAACUUGCAGUGGACUCCACCAUUAUUCAACCCAUACAAUCUCACGGAACAGCCCGAUCCGAGGCGUGUACAAGGGGCCAUUAUCGCAGCCUGGAAUGAUAAUGGUCCUGACGCGACAACGCAGCUAGAAGCCUAUUACGCCCUUCGUGACGGUAUCCCAACAGCCGCAUCUCGUGUGUGGGCCGGUAACCGUGGUCAGGAGCUGAACCUGUCGACCUUGUCGGAGUCAAUGCAGUUGCUGACUGCAAAUGCAGUGGCGCAGAACCUGGAUCGGCGGCUCCCCGGAGAGGCAGACUUAAUGGGAGGAGACUUGGUUAACUGGGAUGCAACAGAAGGCAACCACACGACGAAGGCUGUACUGGGAUAUGGAAGUAAAGGAAUGAAUUAUACACUAGAUCUGAGCGUGACAGGUCCCUUUACUCUCUCCUCAGAAGACGCCACGCUCAAGCUUGAUUCUGGUGGAUCUCUGACUUUUGUAUCUGAUGGGUGGGAGUAUCCUCUUCGGUCUGUGUCUGAGUUUGAUGGAUUCGACCCGGCAUAUCUAGGCCGAAUUUGGGUAAAUGCGACAUCCUCCACGCAUGAGCUAGUGGCUGUGCCGGUGAAAAGUGAUAUCACGAUCCGAACGGAUGUUGUUGGUGGAAGUCGCGUUUGGAUCGAUGGCUCAUUUGCAGGCAGAUUUGAGGUUUUCGUGUAUGGGGGGAAGAAUACUCUCUUUUCCUGGAGUCAGAUGGCGUUUGUAGCUCCAUUGCAGUGGAUGGAAGGGGAUGUACAGCACUUGCGAGUGAGAUCCUUUGAUGGGUAUGGUGCCUAG